CCCUACCACCAUGUUUACAGAGUUUACCGCUGGCAGUCGGUGUACAGACGCAGUGUGCAGAGCACAGCAGAGGAUCAGCGCACAUAACUGACAUGGCGGACUACGAGAUGUACAAUGAACAAUCCAUCCAGCGAUUCUGGGCAGAGAACAGCAAGUACAUUCUUACCGUGCACUGCACAGUUAUCGGAGUACUGGUGGCCCUAACAAACGUCCCCUUUGUGUUGAUUUUGGCCCUGAAGAAGAAAGCGAGGACUCCAACCAUCAUCAACAUCGCUGCAGCAGAUCUCGUUGCCCUUCUGUGUCUUCCCUUACACUGCAUCCACCAUUUUGACGAUGAAUGGACUCUCAGUUCUACAAUGUGCACUGCGUACUUGAUACUUCGCGACAUUCCAGCUGCAGUUCAAAGUUACUCAUGCCUCAUGCUCAGUGUUGUGAACUAUAAGAAAGGGAACAAUCGACCCAGCAGUUCCCAUACAACAUCUACUUCUCUCACAGAGGUGACUAUCUCGAACCAAAUUCCUACUUUCAUACAGAUUUCUGUGGUAUGGAUUUUGGCCAUAUUUGUUUCUGUCUUCUUAGCAGCCUCGUCUGAAGACACUUGCUCUCUGCACCUCAAUUACAAACUCAUCUCUGAAGAUAGUUCCACGAUAUAUUUAACAAGAAUUCGGCGCCUUGUUUUUAGCAUUAUCCCUAUCAGCAUUACCCUAAUUCUUCUCUUGCUGGCAGUAUUUCUUAAGUCCAUAGAACCAAAUAGGAUAAGGGCGAAAAAUCACGAACAAUAUUUACUUCUGGGGUUUGUUUUAUUGCUUGUAAUUAAUAACAUUUCGGGGUACAUAGUGCGUAUCGGUGCCUUAUCACUGUACCCUCAAGUGGCCAAGAUGCUCGUGGAUUACUCAAUGUUCUUUCCUACCUACAUGACAGCGUUCAUGCUGCCCUUGCUUGUCUGCUAUACUGCGCCCAAUGUGAGGCGUCACUUCAGCAUGAACUGAAAACUUCGGCAUUACCUACAGAGACAGGUUUCUUAUUUGCCAAAUGAAACCUAGAAGUUCUGUGUCAAUUGUCUCUAAACUGAACUUAGCGUUUGUAGCUUUGCCAUUUAAAUAAUGAAAACAUUACAUAAGAAGAGGCCAUAAGAAUUUUUGGAUAACACAUUAGUGACUAUCGAGACCCCAGAAUUGUGGUGUAUGACGCCGUGUAGUGUGGUACACAAGUUUCCAAAAGUUGGUACCUAUAUACCAGGUCAUACAACGCCAUGUGUCAGAAUUAUUUUUAAAAAUAAAAAAUAUAUAAUUGGAAAGUAAUAUUAGCGUCAUACUGUGUGUGGGAUAUUUUACUCAGUUACAGGCUCACAAUAUAUGCAUAAUUGUAUGAUAACUAUACAGUUUUACAUUACGACAUGUUUCGGCCACUAUUUGUGGCCAUCAUCAGGGAGUGCUUAUACAGUAACUCUCAGCUCUCCAUUGGCCGCAGGUUUUUACUUAUAGACUUAAACACUGUAAAUCAUAUAAACCUUUCUCCUAGUGUUCCGAAGGGUCUGCGUUACUCUCAACAAAAUGUCUUUUAAUUUUGCAUCAGCCUUGAAACUGUUUUUGUAA